AUGGACAGUGGUUGCUCGCAGAAUCCACAACGGCGGAAAAGGUCCCAUCGUUGCGACGUGUGCGAAAAAUAUUUUGCGUCCUCGAACCAGGUGAAAACCCACGCGAGGUUCCACACUGGGGAGAAGCCCUUCCAGUGCUCGGAGUGUCAGCGAGGGUUCAGCCAGAAAAGCGAUCUCACGAGACACGUGAGGAUCCAUACAGGGGAGAAGCCCCACAAGUGCUGGGUUUGCAUGCAAAGUUUCAGACUAAAGUCCCACUUGACGAACCACAUGGGCACCCACACCGUAGAACGGCCCCACAAGUGCUCAGUUUGUCCACAAGCAUUUGGUACUGCAGGUAGUCUCGUGAGGCAUAUGAGGACCCAUACUGGGGAGAAGCCCCACAAGUGCUCGGUUUGUCCACAAGCAUUUGGUACUGCAAGUAGUCUCGUGAGGCAUAUGAGGACCCAUACUGGGGAGAAGCCCCACAAGUGCUCGGUUUGUCCACAAGCAUUUGGUACUGCAGGUAGUCUCGUGAGGCAUAUGAGGACCCAUACUGGGGAGAAGCCCCACAAGUGUAUGGUGUGUUCACGGGAGUUCAGCCAAAGUAGUCAUCUGGCAAGCCACGGAAGGACCCAUACUGGGGAGAAGCCCCACAAGUGCUCGGUUUGUCCACAAGCUUUUGCUACUGCAAGUAGUCUCGUGAGGCAUAUGAGGACCCAUACUGGGGAGAAGCCCCACAAGUGCUCGGUUUGUCCACAAGCAUUUGGUACUGCAGGUAGUCUCGUGAGGCAUAUGAGGACCCAUACUGGGGAGAAGCCCCACAAGUGCUCGGUUUGUCCACAAGCAUUUGGUACUGCAAGUAGUCUCGUGAGGCAUAUGAGGACCCAUACUGGGGAGAAGCCCCACAAGUGCUCGGUUUGUCCACAAGCAUUUGGUACUGCAAGUAGUCUCGUGAGGCAUAUGAGGACCCAUACUGGGGAGAAGCCCCACAAGUGCUCGGUUUGUCCACAAGCAUUUGGUACUGCAAGUAGUCUCGUGAGGCAUAUGAGGACCCAUACUGGGGAGAAGCCCCACAAGUGCUCGGUUUGUCCACAAGCAUUUGGUACUGCAAGUAGUCUCGUGAGGCAUAUGAGGACCCAUACUGGGGAGAAGCCCCACAAGUGCUCGGUUUGUCCACAAGCAUUUGGUACUGCAAGUAGUCUCGUGAGGCAUAUGAGGACCCAUACUGGGGAGAAGCCCCACAAGUGCUCGGUUUGUCCACAAGCAUUUGGUACUGCAAGUAGUCUCGUGAGGCAUAUGAGGACCCAUACUGGGGAGAAGCCCCACAAGUGCUCGGUUUGUCCACAAGCAUUUGGUACUGCAAGUAGUCUCGUGAGGCAUAUGAGGACCCAUACUGGGGAGAAGCCCCACAAGUGCUCGGUUUGUCCACAAGCAUUUGGUACUGCAAGUAGUCUCGUGAGGCAUAUGAGGACCCAUACUGGGGAGAAGCCCCACAAGUGCUCGGUUUGUCCACAAGCAUUUGGUACUGCAAGUAGUCUCGUGAGGCAUAUGAGGACCCAUACUGGGGAGAAGCCCCACAAGUGCUCGGUUUGUCCACAAGCAUUUGGUACUGCAAGUAGUCUCGUGAGGCAUAUGAGGACCCAUACUGGGGAGAAGCCCCACAAGUGCUCGGUUUGUCCACAAGCAUUUGGUACUGCAAGUAGUCUCGUGAGGCAUAUGAGGACCCAUACUGGGGAGAAGCCCCACAAGUGCUCGGUUUGUCCACAAGCAUUUGGUACUGCAAGUAGUCUCGUGAGGCAUAUGAGGACCCAUACUGGGGAGAAGCCCCACAAGUGCUCGGUUUGUCCACAAGCAUUUGGUACUGCAAGUAGUCUCGUGAGGCAUAUGAGGACCCAUACUGGGGAGAAGCCCCACAAGUGCUCGGUUUGUCCACAAGCAUUUGGUACUGCAAGUAGUCUCGUGAGGCAUAUGAGGACCCAUACUGGGGAGAAGCCCCACAAGUGCUCGGUUUGUCCACAAGCAUUUGGUACUGCAAGUAGUCUCGUGAGGCAUAUGAGGACCCAUACUGGGGAGAAGCCCCACAAGUGCUCGGNAGUUUUAAAAUGUCUCUUUAUGGAAAUAAAAAAAAAUUAA